GAAGAAGACAUAUCGUCGACGAUCCUAGGUGCCACUGGCUUCUUCUGUUUCCUCUCACUCAUCGUUGUAGCCCUACGAUUGUAUGCACGUGCUUUCAUCGUGCGGCGCUUGGGUUGGGAGGAUCUUCUGAUUCUCAUCACCGCCUUCUUCGUGCUGGGUUGUUGGAUCUGCUUCAUUGGCGAGUCCAAGACUGGAGUUCUUGGUCGGCACAUGGCCUCUGUGACGAUACCGCAAUUCGAGCUCUUCUUAUUGUGGACAUUCCCGCAUCAACUCUUUCUCAUGCUCGGUGUCGGCACAUUCAAAUGCAGCGUUGGUUUCUUUCUUAUCCGAGUCGGGCGUAGUCGGUGGCAGCGGCGGGCUUUGUACGGGUUGAUGGUGUUCAUGGCCGUGUGUUCUCUAGUUUACGCCUCAACUCUUUUCUGGUCCUGCAUUCCCCUUCGAGCGAAUUGGCAUUUCGACGAACAAAAAGAUGCAAAGAUGAUCUCGACCAGAGUCUGGAAGGGUCUCGCUUUCUGGAACAGCCUGAUGAACAUGCUGACGGACGGUAUUCUCGCGCUAUGGCCCAUGCCGAUUGUACUGAGGAUGAAGGUCUCCACCUUCAAGAAGGUCUCUCUCGGUGUCGCUUUGAGUCUAGGUUGGUUGGCAGUCGUUUGUGGAGCUAUCAAGACAUGGGCCAUGUGGGACUACUUCACCGCCGAGGACAAAUACUUCAAGGAUACGUACUUCUUCUGGAGCUUCCUCGAGAUCAGCGUAGGAUCUAUUGCGGCAUCGGUCCCUCUCUUGCAACCUCUUGUC